GAACCAAGCGACCUACGAGAUGUACAAAAGGAGAGAUUCUACCGAAUAUUGCGUCUGGUCCUGCAUCGUGAUCCUGUUCGUGCUGGCGCUCGUCGUGGCGUCGCAGACAGAAUACGUGACCGGAAGGGGUGGACGACAAGUUGACUGCAUGAAGUACGUAUUUGCUCCAGUUUGCCGAGGUGUCGCCGCUAAAAAAUCAGCAAAAAGGUCGACAAAUUUCAUCCCUCGUCUGCAAUACAACGUUCUAAGAAGUCAGGAAGAACUAGACCCUUGGUAUGGUUUUCAGCCCGAGGGAAGAAUUCCAAGCAAUAAAAUAGGGAAAGAAAAAGACAUGUUUAAUAAUUAUGAAGAUAUAUUUACGGAAAGGGAGAGGUUGUUCUGAAAGUACCGGCGACAACAACCGAAAAGCAACCAACUAUACCAUAAGCUAUUUAUUAAAGAAGAACCAGAGAAAUUUAACCACCCGUUUAAACCAAAACAGAUCGUUCGUCGUUCCAAGGCUCAGGAAUGUCCAACCCGAUCACGGACGAUCAUUGUCUUUAUUACUGUUGUAGGUUUAAAAAUGUCUAUUGUAAAGCGAUAAUUUAUCUAUUGUUACUAAGCUUAGAUACAAUAAACUCGGCUUGAUUAUAAUAUUGUAUUUUAAUUUGUCAUACCUACAUAGCCUACAAACCAAAUUCAUUUUAUUUGAACGAAAAUCUUACUUUUCGGGUUGGCCAAUCCUGACAAUGAAAAUGUUUUACAUAUAAUUUUUUUUAAACCAGAGAAUAUUUCAACUUCUUUAUUGCAAGAUUAUUUUUUCUUUAUCAAUAUAUUAAAUAAUGUUUAUCAACUACUGUAAUUUAAUACUGCAUUUUGGUGCGUUAAUAAAUAGUUUCUCACUAGCAGUCUUGUUUUAAUUAUUUUUUAAAGUAAGAGUCAUUUUUGUGUGCAAAUAUCCCUAAUCCUCCAAAAUAACUUUGUGUGUUUAGUGUUCAUACAAAAUAAGUCUAUGUAUCGU